CGCGCUCUUCGCUUCCUGCCUGGCGGAGGGAGGGGUCGGUGCUGACGGCUGGGAGGACGAGCUGAACGUGAAGAAAGCCUUGGGAAAGCGAUAAGAAACGAGGGGAAAGGGCCCGAGGUUUUACCUUCCAUCGGGAAAACUUAUCGCUCGACUCUGAUUAGCACCCGAAGCAAGUGCAAUGUCGUCCAGUCGUCAGCUUAGUGAGAGCAGGGCCAUCCCGACCAGGACGGUGCUGAUCAACGACUCAACGCAGCUACCUCACGACUAUUGCACCACUCCUGGAGGCACUUUAUUCUCCACCACCCCGGGAGGAACCCGAAUAAUCUAUGAUCGCAAGUUCCUGUUAGACCGGCGUAACUCACCCAUCGCCCAGACCCCACCAGCACACCUGCCGGUUAUCCCAGGAGUGACAAGCAAGAACGUCCUCAAUGAAAACAAGAGGAAUGAGGCUAACAACAUCAACAACCAUGAUGCCAAGCCAGGGCAAGGUGAAGAUGCUCAGUUUGAGAUGGACAUCUAAAGAAGAGGAACCAACAUGAAGAACGAUUAAUUACCUGGUACCUGUGUGCCAGUGGCUUGGCUUGUAGAAACCAAUGUUGUGAGCCCUCUCCUUUAGCUCUCUCUAGCUGCUGGGUGCUGCAUAAUCAUGGGGAUAAAUGACUAAAAGUUUGCCCAGUGGGGCUGCUGGAGCCCUGAAAGUUAACCUGGGAGCCUGUUGAGCUCUUUUCGUUUAGGUUUCAGGGCUGCCAUCAGCUGUACUUGCUUAAGUCACAGAGCAAGGGAAAAAUUCUGUAUUGUAAGUGCCCGGAUAUAUUACCAAUUUACCGUAACAGACUCAUAAACAAAUCAGCCAUCAGAGAUUCACUGCUGAUAGUUCAGAGUACACUGUUCCAGUCGAUACCCUUAAUGCAGUCUAUCUGGUUCACAUGUAAAACUGAUUUGCGCUCAAGUCAGGAAAUGCAGUUAACUGUAUGUACAUGUAUUCCCAAAUGUAAUUUUUUUUUUUUCAUCCAAAACAAUUAAUGAAAAAUCUUUCCCUAGUUUUAUUUAAAAGGGACAACAGGAUUACUUUUGAUUUAAAAAUGAAAGGAUUCCAUAUUCAUUCCAAGUCUUUUAUAUCAGUUAAAAUGUUUUUUUUUUCAUCUCAGAAAAAUAGUUUUAUAGAAUUGUCCAAAAACAGACCACAGUCCUUAAUUACUCAGUUGAAUUUAAAUAUGAUUACGAUGCCAAACAGAUUUUCUGGUUUGAUUUAGAACUACCCCAAAACGAGCAGUUUCUUUCACCCUUUUAGUUGGUUAAUUUUAAGUUAAAUAACAUCUGAUCACAAUUUUGAAAGACCAAACUGUUAUUUUAGGUCAGAGAGAAUGUUUCCGUUCAGAUUUGUCCUGCUAACAGUGUGAUUUCUACCUAACUUAGCAUGGCGAGACACUUGAAAUGUUAACAUCAGCUCUGAAUUUACGUCGUCUGGUUAAGGUAGACAAUACCAAGUACUGUUGAACUGAUCAUGGGUUUAAUAAACUUUAUAAAACGAUGACAAAAAGAGAGCUGGUCUCAGGAAGCACUUGCAUUACGUACCUAACAAGUACACAUCUUACGGCUCCUUUCAUGGGAGAAAAAUAGCACGGUGAAUAUUUAACGUUAAUAUCAGCUGUGACAUCUACUGUCACUUUCCGAUUACUACGAUCCUUUCGAACCUUGAUAAUCAAAUCAAAGGUAGGAAAGCACUGAAGUGUUGUUUUGGUCAUUUUACUAUUGUCUGUCUCACAGCCACAGAAUGUGAACGAUUCGUUGAAAGAUGGAUAGUUUUGUAGUGACCAGACAUUCAUAUUUUGAUUCAGAUCAAACAUCUUGAAAACUUGAAUUGAAUCUUUCCAAUGCUCUUCUAUGCAUGUUCUUUUGGUCUGCUUCUUAGUCUUUAGUUCACACGUCGGAUCAUUUAAAUGGUUUUUUUGGGAUGCCAAAUCUUGUGGAAGAAGGUUUGAUUAAUAUUGAAAGAGAAUUAAGCAAAGAGAUUAUCCAAACAAAGUGACUUACAGAGGAUAAGACUUAUUCUCAUGACUGUGCUCCAGUCAUUCUCUGAAGUGCAGAUUUUUUUUUUCUCUCUUUCACAUUGAUCUCUUGUGCUUAGCCUCUGUAUCCAUGCCUUACUUUACUAAGCUGAGCAGCUGUGUCAAAUACAGUUCCCUUUCAUACCUUAAAUACAGGAUCAGUUCCUUUCCGUUUGAUUUCUUUCCAACUUUCAAGUUGAGGAUAAGAUCAAGAUAUUGCUAUGUUUUACUAGAAAACAUUCUAUUUUUGGAAACAUGUUUGUUAUUAUUUACUUUCUUACAGAGAUGGAAAGAUUUGCAGAUACAGCAGUGUAAUAUUUGUAAUAGUAAUGGAUUGGUUACAAAAUAAACACGGUUUAGGUUCGACUUUGAUCGGUUGCAGUUAACUUUCUAUAAAAUAUUCAGUACUGGUGAUAUCCUUGACAAUUAGAUGCACAUUUUCAUUUCUGGUUUGAAUAGACUUUAGACUUUUGUAAAAGUCAUAUUCAAGUAAUAAUGAUUUACAGUAAAGGGAACUUGAUAUACUGUCCUUCUGUAAUAGAUUUGUCAAAUCCCUGCUUGUUUCAACUCUGAAUUAUGGAUAUUUAGAUUUAUUUUUUUUUAUCUUUCUAAAAAAGGAUCACUGCUUACUAUUUCUUCAUACUUUCCCCAGGUCUCAGAGACUUUCAGAAAUGCAUUUAGCUGUCUGUUUGAUGGGAUUUAGGAUGAAAGUUUUAUCUAAUGUGGCAGAAAUUGGAAACUGUAUUUUCUUUCUUCUUUGAGACCCUGUUCAAUUUAAUUUUAAUGAAAUGCCAAUGCCAGUGGACACUGUUACAGCAAGAUCAAUAAAAGUUCCUUGAUAUCAA